GCCCGUGUGUUCGUAUCUCGUCACUUCCAGGAAACGGAAUACCUUCAACCGUGAGUCAGUCUGUACCACGACUACUAAAAGUUUUUUAAAUACGAGCCUUGGAUUGUUUUACUAUCGGUUUAUCUGCGCUUUAUCUGCGUUUUAUUGCGCUGUUUAGAAGGAAUUAGUGCGAGUGCCAACAAGGCAAUCUCGGCUAAACAACUCGCCUACUACAUUUCACUGACGUCAGAUCUAAACAACAGCACCAUUGAAGCAUAAAUAAUGUGAUUUCAUGAGCCGGGGUGAACAUAAAGUUCAAUCGGAGUUUGCAGUUUAAAUGUAUAAGAGAGGUUUUAGGUUUUGCGUCUCCUUUUCUUCCCUUCACUCCUCCCAUUCAUAGAUCUGCUCCAUGCUGCAGGCUGGACACAUACAGUCAGUGGUUGAAGGAGUAUUCAGAUCUAUUACUGAAGUAAAAGUACUAAUACCACACUGUGAAUUACUCCACUACAAGUAAAAGUCCUGCAUUCAAAACUUACUCAAGUAAAAGUACAAAAGCAUCAGCAUCAAAAUGUACUCAAAGUAUCAAAAGUAAAAGUACUUGUUUUGCAGAAUGGACCCACUCAGAUUGUUUUAUAUAAUCUAAAUCUGGCAUUAGAUUAUUUGUAUUGAUGCAUUUAUAUAAGCAGUGUUUUAAUUUUGUAAAGAUAGGACAAUUUUUUUCUACUUCAUAUACUGUUAUAAGGUUUAAUAAAAAAAAAGUCAAAUCACUUUUGAUUUAUCAUGUUUUAUUAUGUUGAAUCUCAAACUGAAAAGUAACUUAAGCUGACAGCUAAAUAAGUAAAAAGUACAAUAUUUGCCCCUAAAAUGUAGUGUAGAAGUAUAAAUUUAUAAAUAAUUCUGUAUGAAACCUCAUCAUUACAUGUUGCAUUAAUCACUCAGUCCUGUAUGAGUUAUCUUUAUUAACAUACCCUGCUGCUUAACACAGUAAAAAGCCUACAUAUAGUAUGUCUAUAAAGUGUUACAGUUUAGACAUAAAGUACAGACAUUAGGCGUAAAUAUAAGAGUCUAACCUCCACCCGAUGACAUUGUGAUAGACACAAAAGGCAUUCCUAAAGAUUGAGAAUUUAAUCUAAUUUUCAUAUUUGCAUAAGUCUGCAAGUGUACAAACGUGAGGCAGUAGUUAUAUUCUUCAGACCUUAAAAUCAGUUCUCUAUUCUCUCUUUUUUAAGAGGCUUUUUUCCGAUGAGCUUGCAUUCUUUGUUUAGCAUCACCCUCCAUGGACUUUAGCUUCUCUGUGCACACCCUUGCAUUGUGUGGUCAUGUGCCAAACUUAGCAAUAAAAUCAAGUCUCUCUCUUCAACUGUCCUACCGUAUGUUCACACUCAGAGCCUGCUGUCAAGCUCUUUGUUGAUGCUGUUACAUAAGCUGGAAGGAGGAGUUUUGACAUGACAAGUUAAACUUUCUGUCACAUGACUAAAGAGUUGUUAUCAAGACCAGGAUCAGUCAGGUAUGUCAGUGUAGAUCAGAGUGUUCCAAACGUCAAUUAUUACAUUUAAACUGCACCUCAGAGCCACCUCUGCUAAAUCAAAAGGGCUUAUAAGCAGUAUUCGCCACAUUAAGCUUGUUUAUGAUCGGUAUGUAGGAAAUACCUGCUGGGUGGGAGGGGCGAGUCAGGUAAACUGCCGCAGCAUUCAGACGGCUCACACACCAGGAAAAAUGUUUGCUCUUUCCUCCAGUUGUUAGACGCCUGAAGGAAAAAGUGUUUCAGUGGGUGCAACAUGACUUCUCAGGAUGAAUUCCUUCACGAGUGGAAGGAUGUGCUUGGUGAGAUCGGAGGCAAUGAAGGAAAAAGCACCAGUUUGGGUGAAUACAGCCAGCUGCCUCUGGGAGACGACAGCGACGCCUUGGAGCCUGAAGCCCUGGACACUGUUCAGCUCCUCCCGCUGAUGGAGACCAAGUUGUACAAGCGGCGAUGGAUCAUGCUGUUGAUCUUCUGCGCUUACUCCAUGAGCAACGCCUUCAUGUGGCUGCAGUACAGCAUCAUCAGCAACAUCUUCAUGCGCUUCUACAACAUCGGCCCCCUCGGCAUCGAAUGGCUCUCCAUGAUCUACUUCCUCACCUACAUCCCGCUCAUCCUGCCCGUCACGUGGCUGAUCGACAACCGGGGCCUCAGGGACGUUUUGGUGGUGGGCGCAGCCUUCAACUGCAUCGGGGCCUGGGUCAAGACGGGCACGGCCGACCCCGACACGUUCCCAAUGACCUUGUUCGGCCAGUUUGUGUGUUCGGUGGCCACUGUUUAUAUCCUGGGCAUCCCAUCCAAACUCGCGUCCCUGUGGUUCGGGCAGCAGGAGGUCUCCACUGCCUGCUCCAUUGGCGUUCUAGGAAACCAGCUGGGGAUCGCCAUUGGCUUCCUGCUCCCACCCAUCCUCGUGCCUAAUGUGGACGAUAUGAAUGAGCUGGAGCACCACAUCAGAAUCAUGUUCUACAUCAGCGCAGGAGCGGCCACCCUCAUCUUCAUCCUCGUAGUCAUUGUGUUUCAGGAAAAACCGGAGCUCCCUCCCAGCCAGGCCCAGGCCCAGGCCAGGAACAUCCCCCCUGAAGAGUACUCGUACACGGCUUCUGUCAUGAGGCUGCUGCGGAACAAGCCCUUCAUGCUGCUGGUGGUCAGCUACGGGCUGAAUGUUGCCUGCUUCUAUUCUAUUUCCACACUGUUGAAUCGGAUGAUCAUUGAACAUUAUCCCGGUGAAGAGGUGAACGCUGGCAGAAUUGGGCUAACUAUUGUCGUUUCUGGCAUGGCGGGGUCCCUCAUAUGUGGCAUUUGGCUGGACAAAACCAAAACAUACAAACAAACCACCUUGGCUGUAUACGUCCUCACUUUGCUCGGGAUGCUGGUCUACACCUUCACCCUUAACCUGGGUCACCUGUGGGUGGUGUUCAUCACAGCUGGAAUUCUGGGCUUCUUCAUGACAGGAUAUCUACCUCUGGGCUUUGAGUUUGCAGUAGAGCUCACCUAUCCAGAAUCAGAGGGAACUUCAUCUGGACUGCUGAACUGUUCAGCUCAGAUCUUUGGAAUCAUUUUCACCAUCUCCCAAGGGAAAAUAAUGGAUAGAUGGGGCACUUUAGCAGGAAACAUCUUCCUGUGUAUCUUCCUGCUAAUAGGAACAGUGCUGACAGGAUUUAUCAAGUCCGACCUCCGCCGACAGAAGGCCAACCUUCAGCAGACGGAGGUGCAGACAUUGAGUAAAGCCACAGCUGAUGCAGAAGCACCUGUCCCCCCACCUGAGGUCCUGAAACAGGGGAAGCUAUAAGGAGGACAGGCUGUCAGACACCACGUGCAGGUUUAAAAAAACUGCCGACAUGCAUAUAUGGCCACAGAGAAAAAAAAGACUGAGCAGCCGUCUGUGAGUCCUUUAGAACCAGCAAACCUGCUGCACAUUAGUUGUACUGUAUGGACGCCACGCUCUGGCCUGAACACCAGAGAUUCACACAAAUAUCCCAAGUGCAACUUAGCUCAUCCCAAACAAGCACCAGGCAAUCAUGCACGAGGGAAAUGCACUUUUAAAAUCAUCUUUGUAAAAUUUUAUCCAGAGUUUUUAAAUGUCUUUAAUAUCCAUUUUAGUGACUCCAACAUUACGACACUCUAGCUGAAUUGUUUCCCUCUGAUUCGUGUUAUUGUACUGUUUCAUACCUCUAAUGAGCAAUAUUUAAACUGUGAGUGUUUCCUAAUAUUGGACCAAUAUUGUGUGUAACUAAACUCAAGCCUCAUUCCUUUAAGUGUGCUGCGUCCAGUGGUGGAAGAAGUAUUCAGAUCUCUUACUGAAGUAACUACUGUAGUACUAACACUAGCGAAAUUACUCCUCUACAAGUAAAAGUCCUGCAUUCAAAACUUACUUAAGUAAAAGUACAAAAGUAUCAGCACCAAAAUAUACUUAAAGUAUCAAAAGUAAAAGUACUCGUUAUGCAGAAUAACCCCCACAAAGAUUGUUACAUUUAUUCCAAAUAUAUUAUUAGAUUAUUAUUAUUGAUGCAAUAAUGUAAACAGCGGUUUGUUUUCUCAAACCAGGGCUAAUCUUAACCACUUAAUAUGCUGUUAUGUGGUUUAAUUUUACUAAAAUGUCCAGUCAUUUUAAAUUGAUCGUGUUUUUUUAAUGUUAGAUCUCAACCUGAAAAGUAACUAAAGCUGUCAGCUAAAUGUAGUGGAGUAAAAAGUACAAUAUUUGCUUUGAAAUGUAGUGAAGUAGAA